GGCCAGAGCCUGCGGAAACGUCAGUAGGGUCGAACGGAAAGCAAUCGGAUAUAGAGUUUCUGCCACAAAUCUCCGGGCGAGGUGCGAUCACCGGUAGAGCGGUAUCUCAACUUCUAGGCAUUCAUCUUUGCCUGUCUACCAUCAGGAUGAGCUCCUCUAGUGAGGCAGGGCCAUCUAAGACGACUCCAGAUCUGUCCCUCAACAUUCCGUUGCAUGUCAAAUACAUCCAGAACCUAGAUAAAAACAAGGACCUAGCCUAUCAUCUCACCGCUCAUAUUCGACUCAAUGGGGUCUACUGGGGUCUGACAGCCCUGGAGAUCAUGGGUCAAGCCGAUGCUCUUGAUCGCGAUGAAAUGAUCGAAUAUGUGCUCAGCUGUUGGGACGAUGAAGCGGGAGCGUUUGGUGCGCAUACCGAACACGAUGCGCACAUACACGCGACUUUGUCAGCCAUACAGAUUCUAGUCAUGCAAGAUGCUCUCGGCAGAGCUGAUGUUGACAGGCUGGAGACUUUCCUCUUGGACCGGGUUCAACCCGAUGGCUCAGUCACUGGCGAUUCUUUCGGAGAGACAGACACACGCUUCACGCACAUCCUUCUCCUCGCACUUACGCUUCUGGGGCGAUUGGAUAGCCUACGCGCUCUGUACAAUGACAAAGGCUUGGAUUUGGUCGUGGACAACGUCCGACGUAGUAUGAACUUUGACGGGGCGUUUGGAUCUCGACCAGGCGCAGAGAGUCAUGGGGCGCAGGUCUGGGUGUGCGUGGGCUCGCUGGCAUUGGCAGAUCGACUCGAUAUUGUGGAUCCCAAUACACUGGGCUGGUGGCUUUCAGAACGUCAGGUUCCCAGUGGUGGUCUGAAUGGUAGACCGGAGAAACUGCCAGACGUCUGUUAUUCGUGGUGGAAUCUCGCUUCCUUGAGUAUCAUCGGCAAACUUCAUUGGAUCGAUCGAGACAAAUUGAUCGAGUUUAUCCUCGAAUCUCAGGACCUGGACUACGGAGGUAUAGCGGAUCGUCCUGGAGACUGGGUAGACGUCUUCCAUACGGUCUUUGGUCUGGCAGGUCUCUCGCUCGUCGGAUUUCCUGGUCUUCAAGAUAUUGACCCGGUAUUCUGUAUGCCUGCCAAGCUCAUAGACAAGCUUGGGUUAAGAAAGACGUACACCACGCUACCGCGCAUGGACGACAAAUAUCCAACAUCAUAAUAUGCAUU